UUUGGUGGUAACAUAGGGGACGACUUAAACUCUUCAUCCCUGACCACAUGUGAAUCCCAUCACAAGAAAAAAACACUUGUAGCUCCAGACAUUAAUAUCUCCUUGGAUCAGAGCGAAGGCUCCCUGCAUUCUGAUGACUUCCUAGAUGCACCUGAUGACUUGGACAUCAAUAUAGAUGAUAUAGAGACUCCAGAUGAAACAGAUUCAUUGGAGUAUUUGGCCAAUGGAAAUGACCUGGAAUGGGAAGAUGACACGCCUGUUGCAAAUUCCAAGAAAAUACCUGGGUACAGCGCUGUCUUAUCUGAUGGUGAAGACGUUGAAGAGGGGGAAGCUACAAAUGGACGUCUGUGGAGAACAGUUGUUAUUGGAGAGCAGGAGCAUCGUAUUGACCUACAAAUGAUAAAACCAUAUAUGAAAGUGGUCACACAUGGAGGAUAUUAUGGCGAGGGGCUAAAUGCUAUCAUUGUAUUUGCUGCUUGUUUUCUCCCAGACAGUGGCUGCCCUGAUUACCAUUAUAUUAUGGAGAAUCUUUUUCUUUACGUGAUUAGUAGUCUGGAGUUGCUGGUGGCAGAGGAUUACUUGAUUAUUUACUUAAAUGGUGCCACACCUCGAAGGAGAAUGCCUGGUUUAGGAUGGCUGAAGAAAUGCUACCAGAUGAUUGAUAGAAGGCUAAGAAAAAAUCUGAAAUCUUUAAUUAUUGUCCACCCAUCCUGGUUUAUCAGGACAGUUUUGGCAAUCUCCAGACCAUUUAUAAGUGUGAAGUUUAUCAACAAGAUUCAGUAUGUGCAUAGCCUGGAAGAACUAGAGCAAAUUAUUCCUAUGGAAAAUGUACAUAUUCCAGAAUGCGUCUUUCAGUAUGAUGAAGAAAGAAUGAAAGCCAGGAGAGAAAGUGUUCGGGUUGAGAAAGGGUCAGGAGAAACAGAAGACUUCCCAAUGUACCGUGCGACUGCUACCAAGGUAGAAGACAACCAAGAAAGGGUUGAAUCAACAAGCUUUCCACAAUCUGAUGAUUUACCUUGCAAAUGAAUCCUUCCAAAGACUUCAAUAUAACGUCUUAGCAUGAAAUAAACAUUGAUAAAAGACUCCUGCUGCAUCCUCCAGUCCGAACCACCAUUUCAAAGGGAAUGCUGAGCCUUAAACUAUUUAUUGUCCAAGACCUUCCUUAAGUGCACUGUUUGUUCUGUGAAUAAUCAUACUUUUUCUCUUUGUGGCUAAAAAAGGAAAUGGUUUUUAAGGUGUACUUAUUUACACCAUUAUUUGUAAUUCCAUAUCAGAGAAAAGCUAGCCACAACAGGCAUCAGAUGAAGGUCACACAUGCAGACAUGAUCUGACUGCUAAAAGAUCUUUCUUGCAAAAGAUGCUUCCAAAUACAUACCCAAUCAAGGGAAAAGGUAGAAAGGGUAGAAGUACCUUAACUAACCCAUGCUGGCUUAUCAGUGGGACAAUAUAAUCACAUUCAAUCACAAUCAAAUCAACCAAGGAAUAUCUGAAAAGAAGCAUCUAUAUACGAUCAUUUUACAAUC